AUGGAUCAACCAGGGCUACUUCGCCCUAAGAAACCCUUCAUUGCAGACGAUGAGAUCGUGGAGCUAUUAUGGCAAAACGGACCAAUUGUCACGCAAAGUCAAAAUCACCGGUAUAACAAUAAACCACCGCCGCGGAGAAACUCCGACGACUCCACUCGCGGCGGAACUUCAUCACCGAGGGAGAAUGAAUAUCUCUUUAUGCAAGAAGGCGAAAUGGCUUCGUGGCUUCAUUAUCCUAACACCGAUGGUGAUUCUCCUUUGGAUCAAUCCUUUUGUGCCGAUUUCCUCAACCAGCCGUCGGCUGUUAAUAACAAUAGUACCAUGCAAACUCCACCGUCUCGGGUUAGAGCCGAGCCUGAACCGUCGUCAAUUUUGAGAACUUCUGCGAGAGAAUCCACGCUUGUAGAUUCGUGCGAUACUCCAGCUAUGAUGCCGGCGGCGAUUUCAGAGACAGUAAGAAGUUCGAUGGAGCCAACGGAAGGAGCGACGUGCGCAUCGGCACCAUGGACGACGUUUGAUGAACAGGGCGGUUCGAGUAGCAGUGGAGAACCGGUUCGAAAGGUAGAGGAGCUGGACCGGAAGCGAAAGGGAAAGCAUACUGAUGAAUGGAAGUAUCAUAGCGAGGAUGUUGAUUUUGAAUCUGCGGAAGAAAAAAAUAAAACCAAUGGAUCAUCAACAAAGAGAUCUCGUGCUGCCGAGGUCCAUAGUCUCUCAGAGAGGAGGCGCCGUGAUCGGAUUAAUGAAAAGAUGAAAGCCCUGCAAGAACUUAUACCUCAAUCUAAUAAGUCUGACAAAGCGUCUAUGCUGGAUGAGGCAAUUGAGUACUUGAGGUCACUACAGUUACAAGUUCAGAGAGUACAACUUAUGCAGAUGAUGUCCAUGGGAUGUGGCAUGGUACCUAUGAUGUUUCCUGGAAUCCAGCAGUAUAUCCCACCAAUUGGAAUGGGAAUAAACAGACCAGUAAUGCCGUUUCCCAACAUGUUGCCUGCUUCUACUUUGCCUGCAAAUUUCGGACCAAGGUUCGCUAUGCCUCCUUUCCACAUGCCGCAUGUUCCUACACCUGAUUCAUUCACAAUGCAAGCAGCGAAUCUGGCAGAUAGUAACAUGCCCACCUCAGUUGGAACACAUGAUGCAAAUCAGCAACCUAUCCCAAACUUCACUGAUCCUUAUCAACAAUACCUUGGACCCCAACAGAUGCAGUUUCAAUUAAUGCAGAAUAAGGCAAUGAACCAACCAGAUGUCAGCAAGUCAGAAAUCCGCCAGUCAGGAGAUAAAUGA